GUCUAAAGUGCAGUACCAUAAUGUUGUAGGGUUUAUAGCAAGCUGAAUGACGGACACAUCACCUUGAACUACCAUCACCAGAGAUGGAGUUUGCAUGCAGUCAUGUUGUGUGUAACUGGAGGUCUGAGAGCUUAACAGAAGAUGAAGCUAAAGUCUCAAAUCAAGCUUCCUCAUUGGUUCCACCUCCUGUACCGCCCCGAAACAUACAGCAGAACAACACACACUCUAGCUCGCUUCCGCCACAAUUGCCGCCAAGAGAUUUGGAGAACAAUGGAGAGGCUCAACUUAAAGCUAAUGUUAAUGUAGUGUCACUGAAUGUGGGAAGCCUUGUAGAGAUUAGUAAAGCAUCUGCUAUACAGAGCAAGCAAAAACCAGUACAUUGUGGGGAAUGCAAUGCCAUCAUAUCCUCUACAAGCAACACAGAGACAUGCCAAAACACGAUAACGUGGAGCUGUGAGUUUUGUGGAAAGGUUAAUGUCUAUUCCCUGUCUGCACUGAAGGAGGGCCGGUUUCCCUUGCGGCCUCCACCAGGCAGGGAUAUAAUAUACAUGGAGGAGGACAGGGAUGCGGAGUAUGAGAAUCUAGAUGACAUGCUCAUUGUCUUAUGUGUGGAUAUUUCUGGAAGUAUGAGUGUCACAUCUGAGAUCUUUCCUGGUAACAGCAUGCGCUCACCCACAUAUAUUCCACGAAUGCAAGGAGUCCAAGAAGCUCUUCAAAUGGUGCUGUCCUCCCUGCAGAAAACAUCACCUCUCAGAAGAGUGGCACUGGUGACAUUUAACAAUGAGGUAAUGGUAUAUGGGGACGGUACCGGGGCUCCUGUCUUUCUGAGAGAUUGGGCUCUGUUGGACUAUGACUACCUGAAGAAGGAGGGAGAGAACUACAAUACCCCUCACUGCAUUGCAGAGACUAUCCAGCCUCUUACUCAGAAAAUCAAGGAGCUGCGAGAGCAUGGUGGUACAGCACUGGGACCAGCUGCUCUCGUCUCUGUCGCCAUGGCAUCACAGUUCACAGGGUCAAAAGUCAUAAUUUGCACAGAUGGGCGGGCAAACAUAGGUCUGGGCCAAUUAGAACAAGAGUCUACCCAUUGUCCUGUCCACUCGCCUUAUUUCUACAACCAGUUGGCCUAUUAUGCUGCAGAAAAGGGUGUUAUAGUGUCAGUCAUGACCUUUGAAGGAGAGGACUGUUGUUUGGCAGAGGUUGGGAGGUUGGCCGACCACACUGGAGGCAGAAUCAAUAUUGUAAAUAUUGGUACAGUCGCCACAGAGAUUCAGAGUGCUAUAGCUGACAACGUCCUGGCAACUAAUGUCAUGGCAACACUGCUGACACCUGAUGGCAUAUAUUUCCCCUAUGAGGAGGAUGAUAAUCGCUUGGUGAGAGAGAUCGGUAACGUGACAGAUGGAGUUGAGAUCACCUUCCAGUUUGCAGUCAGACCAGAAAAGGUUGAAAGUUUCCAAACAAGCGACAGGGUCCCUUUUCAGUUGCAGCUCAGUUUCAGGACUCGAGAUUUCCAAAAAGUGAUGAGAGUCAUCACUCAACAGAAACGAGUGACCACAAGCAGUUGGGUAUGGGCAGGCAGUUUAAAUAUGUCUGUGUUGGACGUUCACUGUGCCCAGCUGUGUGCCAGACUGACUAUGGAGGGCAGAGUACAGGAAGCACAGAGGCAACUCCGAGCUCAACAGGACCUCCUCAAAUAUAUCAGUGAACAGAAGCCAAGCCCUAAAGAGGAGAGUAUCUAUGGAAACUGGAUCAGUACUAUGAGUGUGAUCUGUGAAGACCUCACCAAUGUCAACCAGAACACAACAGAAACUGAAGCCCAACCAUCAAGCCGAACAUCUUCCAAUGCAAGUUUCUCAGACGAGGCGGCCAAUGUGGUCUACCAAAUGAAGAGAGCAAAGAGUGUGAAAGGAAAAGGACAGGGAGUUCCUAUGUUGGAGAACUGAGCUGCCAAGACUCAUGAGAAGUAAUUUGAUUGUCUGAAGUGGGUAACAUGCCCAUUACCUUUUACAAAUGUAAUGAAUUGCUGUAUCAGUCACAUACUAUGGACUACUAUGAAUACUGCUUGGAAUGUUGUUGCUUAAGUCGCUGACCUAGUAACCCCUGUAGGUGAAAGCCUCCAGGUUCAACACAUACCAGUGUUUAUCUUCAUCUGGGAACUUGUAUAAAUGUUCGUCAAAUUACCAAUGUCCCUGGGGACUGUAAUAAUUAAGAUAAUAAAAUA